AUGAUCGACGAUCAAGACUUGGGAUUCUUUGCCAAUUUCCUUGGCAUAUUUAUAUUUAUUUUGGUAAUUGCUUAUCAUUAUGUCAUGGCUGACCCAAAAUAUGAAGGAAAUUAAUACUAAACUGACGAUGCUUUAGAAACAAGGAGACUAGAACUUUCAUUGAGCGAUAUGGAGACAUUUGCUAUUUAGUGUUACAAGGGAAACUCAGAUCACAAAUUUGAUGAUGGUUUUGUCAUGAGGAACUUUUAGCUUUCAUUCCAACAAAAUGAAUUGGUACACUUUGUGCUUUUUCCUGCUUUAUAUGAAAAGCUCAUAAUAUCUUGUUAGCAGUCCCUUCUGAUCAAAAUCAUUUGUCUGCUUUAGUAUUGAUACAUCUCCAUGUUAACUAUUGCAACUUGGAUUUUGAAGGGCUUGUUUGGCACCAUUGUUUUGUGUUUUUGCUUUUCUCUGAAUCAGUGAAAUUCCACAUAAGAUUGACGUUAAA